AUGCGGGCUCCUUUGCGCAUCGCCGUGCUUGAAUGCGACGUGCCCCUCCCAAACACCAAGGCCAAGUACGGCGGCUAUGGCGGCGUCUUCGAAUCACUGCUCCUGUCCGGCGCCAAACUGCUAGACCAGCCCGAUAAAUUCGAUCCAGCGACCGGGCUCCACAUUUCAAAAUGGAAUGUCAUGGAGCGAAACGAGUAUCCCGAUCUAGAAGAUAUCGAUGCAGUGCUGCUAACUGGAUCCAAACACAACUCCUACGAUGAUAUCCCCUGGAUAAACAGGUUGGUUGAGUAUAUCGCCAAUAUCCUAGCGCAGGAUCGGGUUCGCAUUAUCGGUGUGUGCUUCGGCCACCAAAUUAUCGGAAGAGCGCUGGGGUUGAAGGUCGGUCGAAAUGAGGAAGGGUGGGAGGUUGCGGUGCACGAUGUGGAUCUCACGGAGAAAGGAAAAGAGUUGUUCGGGCUUAGCAAAUUGCGUCUCCAGCAAAUGCAUCGCGAUAUCGUCCAUUCCUGUCCAUCGAACGUUACUCUUCUUGGCUCGUCGCCUGUAUGCCAGGUGCAGGGCAUGUAUCUUCCGGGCCGAUUUAUUUCCGUCCAAGGGCAUCCUGAGUUCACGAAGGAUAUUGUUGCAGAAAUUCUAGACGCACGAAAAGAAAUGGGGGUGCUGCCUCCGGGGGUGUAUGAGGGCGGGAUGGCUGCUGCGGGGAAGGAGCAUGAUGGAGUUGCAGUUGGGAAAGCAUUUCUGGAGUUUCUGCUUGAGGAGUGA